AUGGAACCUCCACCGAAGCCGGGGCAAACAUCGCUCUUCCAGGUCUUUCUGAGACUCCGGCCGCCGAUGAACCAGAAAGGAACAUCUCAAGCGUCAAAACAGAGCUACCUUACAGUUGAACGUCCGGAGGCCCCAUCAACAGGAGAUGAUGGAAACCAAAGCCGUGUUUGGCCCACCCAUAUCACACUGCAACCGCCAAACGAACUGAGAAAACGAGCAGUAGAAAAGUUCGGGUUUACGAAAGUUUUUGAAGAUAAUGCUUCUCAACUUGAGCUCUUCGAGGAAGUUGGAAUGACUAAGUUGAUAAAAGGUGUCCUAUGUGAAGGCAGAGAUGGCCUCGUUGCUACCUUGGGAGUCACUGGGAGCGGAAAGACACACACCAUCCUCGGGUCGAAGUCACAGCGUGGAAUAACACAGAUGUCCCUCGAUGUCCUCUUUCGGUCCAUUUCGUCAACGAUUCAGAAUCCUGAUAUCACAACCAAUCCCAUGUUGUUGCCGUCCGUUGCAGCUUCAGAUGUAUCGGAAGCACAGAUUUUCUCUGCGAGAUCUUUCAUAGAAACAAUUUACAGUGAUCCAUGGAACGAACGUGGUCGAGGUUCACGGGCCCAAACUCCGAUGUCCACCAUGUCUAGAUGUCAAACCCCAAUGACGGCCUCAUGCACCCCGACUAUUCGACUCCUUUCUUCCAUAGAGUCGAUUGGGGCUUGUGGAAAUGUGUUCAUGUCUCCAAAGAAACCCCCUUUUCCUUCACAAUUACCCUUUUGGAACUGCCAUAGAAUGUCGAAACCCGUAGCUAAUAUUACUCUUCGAAAUAAAAAGGAUUCGAUGUCCACUCUCAAUUUCCCUCGACGUCAUCUACCUCAUCGGCCUAGCGCGCUACCUCAAUUACCCGACGUGAGCGACCUUGUGAUUCCAAACCCGAAUGAAGAGGCGACUGUAGUAUUGGUAUCAAUGUACGAAGUUUACAAUGAUCGAAUUUUUGACCUCUUGGCCCCUUCGAAUGUAGCAAUGAGUCCCCGACCGGCUAUGAACCAGAAGGAAAGGAGGCGUCAUCUCCUAUUUAAGCCUACGGAAGGUUCACAAGAUCGCAAGGUCGUUGCUGGUUUGAGAAAAAUUGUUUGCGGUACUUAUGAAGAUGCCCUAAUGGUCUUAGAGACGGGCUUGUUGGAAAGAAAAGUAACUGAGACUGGGAGCAAUAGCGUCAGCUCUCGAAGCCACGGGUUCUUCUGCGUGGAGGUGAAGAGAAGGGUCAGAGAUAGGAGGUUUGGCGAAGAAUCAUGGGUUGGAAAUACCUUGACUGUUGUUGACCUUGCUGGAUCCGAGCGUGCCAGAAAUGCGAAGACAGCAGGCGCAACACUUGCAGAAGCGGGAAAAAUUAACGAGAGUUUGAUGUAUUUAGGUCAAUGUUUACAAACACAGAGUGAUCUGCAGGACGGAAGUAAGAAGGCGCUUGUUCCCUACAGACAAUGCAAACUCACGGAGCUCUUAUUCUCCAACUCGUUCCCUUCGCCCAAUCAUGGGGCUUCCUAUCCUAGACACCCACAAAGGGCCCUCAUGAUCGUUACGGCGGACGCCCAUGGGGACUUCAACGCGACAUCUCAAAUUUUACGAUACUCUGCAUUAGCCCGAGAAGUGACUGUGCCACGCAUACCCUCCGUCACUAGAACGAUAUUGGCUGGCACGGCGAGCGGAAGGAAUAGUCCAACCUAUUCUCAUAAAACGAAAUGGAGUCUUUAUUCUGCAUCCGCUGAGGAACUUGAGACCGCGGCUUUGGAAAUUGCAAGAAUCAGUGAUGAUUAUGACGCACUGGCCAUCAAACUGGCGGAGGAAGAAAUUGCCAGAGCGGAAGCUGAGUUCCAGUGGAGAGCAGCAGAAGAAAGAUGCAUGCUGAUCGAACAAGAUGUACGAGAGGAGUGCUGGCAGGAGAUGGAGGAGCGAGUUGAAGAAGAGCGACGACGAUGGCAAGCGGCAUGGGACGAACAGGCGUCACGCCAUGAUGAGCACUUGGAUAAGAAGCUGGACUUGCUGUCUAAGGGAGUUAGGAUCCACGAAGACUUGCAAACACCUUCGGAAGAUCGAAUCGCUGAAUUGGAGCAAGGAAACAAUAAACUCCGAAUGAGAAUCGCCAACUUAGAGCGCGAAUUGCAUUCUCGUUCCCAGAGCAGGAAGUCAACAAAGUUCAAGAAAAACGUAGCGAAUCCGCGACUAGACUCACUCAAUUACAGCUAUGCUAGCUGUGAGAGUGAUAUCGAAAACUCUCUCAUGAAAUUCCAGUCUCUGAAGCUGGACUCAGAAGCAAACCCAAGCCCAGGAUCAUCUACGGCGAAAAGAAUGGCAGCGGCCAAGAGACAUCGUAUUAUGACGACACGGCAACGAGAUUUUAAUCCGGAGAGUGUUUUGGAUGAAUUAGAGUAA